AAUCAGAUAAGGCACAGUCGUGCGCCGGUCGCGGUAAACUUCGCACGCAUGCGUCUCGAUCUUCUAUCAUAUUUUAAUUGCUUGCGCCGAAGGAAUCUACCUCAACAUGACGCGAGUGUUCGUCAUACUUCUAGUCAUUAGCUUUAUUAGUUCAAGUGAAAUGUUUUGCUCGAAUUGCGCGAAAGGAGAACUCACUAUAACGGAGUUAACAGAAGCGAGAAUAGCCUUCGUAAAGCAACAGAUACUGAAGAAGUUAAGGCUAAGUAAGAAGCCAGUGGUUGGUCUGCCGGUAAACAGUCUCCCCAUGCCAGUGGCCCAGGGCCAGACUUUGAACGAAAACACGGACAAACCACCGGAGUUUGAUGAUUAUUACGGACGGACCGAGCAGAAGAUAAUUUUUCCUGUUGAAGGAGAGUGCCUAACGUCGGGGCGGUAUCCGUUCAAAUGCCUGCAGUUCGAACUGCCUCCAGAUGUGGAACCCGAAGAAGUGGCUGUUGUGGAGCUCUGGUUUUAUAAGGAACCUGAUCCACUAGACGAAUUCAACCAAACCUUCGUUAUCUCCGAAGCAGCUCACUGGGACAGCCAGCAGCAAUUCAAGAAGACCAAACCCAUCGCCAUUAAAGAGACUGAUGUGGGAGAAGGCUGGGUUAGAGUGGAGCUGGCGUGGGCAGUCCGAGUGUGGCUGGAAGGGAUGGAGAGGGUACACACGUUGCACGUCGCCUGCAGAACAUGUCAGCUGCGGCGCGCCCCCCUCUCGUUCCACAAAAAGCAUCGUCCAUUUCUGGUGCUGUACACACGCUACGCCGGCAAGCACCGGCGCGGGCGAGCGGUGGACUGCUCGCCGACCACCAGUGAAUGCUGUCGCGAGCCGCUUUACGUCAGCUUCAAGGAGCUGGGCUGGGACGACUGGAUCAUCAGACCGGCGGGGUACCAUGCAUAUUUCUGCAAAGGAUCCUGUGCCCCGAUUUCUGAAGUCACCAAAGCUGACAGCUAUCAUCAUAAUAUUAUUAGGAAAUACUUCUACACAGUCUCGAAUAAGAAAAAAAUCCAGUUCAACCCUUGCUGCGCCCCCACCACCUUCAGCUCCCUCCAAUUACUCUACGUGGACUCUAACAACACAGUGACCCAAAAGACGUUACCUAAUAUGGUCGUGGAGUCGUGUGGGUGUAUGUGACGUAGGACUGAGAUAGCACCAAAACCUUAAGUGUUUUUUUAAACUCGCGCUGCUAAAACAUCUACAUAUAUAUUAAGUUAGAGUCUGGCUGCGACCACGGUGACUGCAAGGUCGUUAAAACCUCAGCUAUAUUAAACAAAAAAUUGCUAAGUUAAUAUAUACGUAGUUCUGGAAAGUGUUAACGAAAUUUACAUUUUGGUAGCGUGUAUAAAAAAUUGAGUAACGAAUAUUGAUUGGAUCAAUAAGAAUAGGUAGUGAUAUUUUAAUUAAUAUUUGGAAGAUUAGAAAGAAUUGAAUUAAUAAAUUAAGAAUAAUGAUUUCUUAAAAUGUCUACUUAAUUUAUAGUUGAUGUUACAAAACUGAUUAAUUAGAAAUCAGUGGCUUAAUUUAUUGAAACGCGAAUUUUUUUAUUCGAAUAAUAUUGUGUAUUCAUAUAGCUGUAUGUAAAGUACAUAUUUAGUUCUCAAAAAAAAUGAGAUGACAUGUAUGUAACUAUUUAACUAAAUUUUAUUGUGGAUAUGCAAUGUCCUGUAAAGUUUUAAUCUAAAUUUAAUGUUGCAUUUAUUUAUAAUCUUUAGUUAUAUUUUUUUUUGAUAUGCCGAAGUCAAGAGAAAAAUCAUAUGUGAAUUUAAAAUAAAAUAAAAAAAACGUUUUUCUCAUUAUUGAAGCAUAUUGAAAUGUUGUUUUUGAUUACGUAUUUUAAUGUAAUUCUAUGUAUGAUAAAUUAUCAACUAUGUUAUAAUAUUAUCAUAUUUUCGUUGGAAAAUGAGGUUAACGAAAUUUUCGUUCAAAUUUGUUCCUAUAGGAUAAUGUUACAAGUAUAUUAAAAAAAAUCAUACCAUACCGUUGUUAAGCAUUAAAUAACAUAAUAUUAUGUAAUUAGGAAAUUAAUUAGAUAAUGUAUUGCAGCAAAUAUUAAACAUUUGUUUUUUAAUCCGUGAUUAUUACUCGAAAAAUAAUUUGAAGUAAUUUUGAUUUUACUAUUGAUAUUAUGACAAAAUGCACGUACAGAUAAAUAAUUAACUCACUAGCUAUAUUAAAAUAUUAUGCUACAAUACGCAAAGAUAAAUUUUAUCUUUAGUAACUUCCAAAGUAUGAACAAUUUAGGGUUAUAUUCUUUAUUGAAUAUAGGAGUGAAAGUUGAUAGUAAUAUAAUAUAAUAUAUUUCAAUACACCUAGGAGAUUUGUAAUCACUAUGUUUAAUUUAGUUAAUUGGUCAGAUGGUCGAAAUUACACAAGAUUCUCGCUUGUGAGAAUUCCGAAUUUAGUUUACUUCGAUACCGAUGUUUGAAAAUUAAACCGUUCUUUAACAUGGUUCUGAAUUUUUCAUAGUUAUUAUUAGCUCAGUGUUAAAAUUUAUAAUAAACAGAUAUUGUAUUAUGUAAACGGAUCCCCAGGCGAAUUUAACUAACUUACCAAGAUAUGAUGCAUUUUUGUAAUUUUUUUACCGAUAGUUAAGUUAAUUUAUCGACAAUUUACAACAUUAUGAUCGCAUAAGUUGACGAAACACAUUUUCUCUCUUUAUAUUGAUUUUUUUACAGUAAGAUCACCUCAAAUAUGUAGACUAAGGACACUGACCUUCGUUUCUCCGUUGUAAUUUUGCAUUGUACUUAAGUGUUAAAAACAGUAGAAAAUUUUAUGAAGCCUAGUGUCCAAGUAUUAUGUAUGUUUAAGAUUUUUAGGUAAAUGAUAAUAAUAUAUUAAAAGAUUAUCACUUA